UUCAAGCGUGCCUUUUUUUGUCAGUAUAAAAUGACAAAAUCAUUUAAUAUAGCUUAAUUAUAAUUGAAAGUGUUUGGAUGAAGUGCUUGUUACAUAGUUAAAAUUUUAGAAGCUACAUUAUAUUUGGGUUUUACAAAUGUAUUCAAGAGUAACAGUACUUGCGCAUUGAUCGUAUACACAACAAGACUUGAUGCUAUGGACACCAAAUCAAAAGGGAAACACAAGGGGAAGCAGAAGGAAGAAAGAAGCAACCGUCGUGUUCUUGGAGAUAUCGGUAAUCUUGAGGGGAAUCAGGUUUCAAGACCCAUCACAAGGAAUUUCCAUAAAAAAUUAUUGGAAAAAGCAGAAGCUGCAGCUAACUCGGCACCAGAAUUAGAAGUUCCGGCUAAUUGUGACCAAGGAGCUACACUAAGGAAUCAAAAUGUUGGUGAUGAUUGUGCUCAAAAGCCAAAUCCUGAGGCUGUACAUGUCGACAGUUCUGAAGCAGGAGAAAAACUUGAUUUAGUUCCUAAAAAAGAGGGCAGUGGAAGAUCUUCUAGGGAGGACCCGAUUCUGAAUUCGCCACUUACUACAUUAAGCAAGCCAAAUCCCGAGGCUGUAGAUGUCGAUAGUUCUGAAGCUGGAGAAAAACUUGAUUCAGUUCCUAAAAAAGAGGGCAGCGGAAAAUCUGCUAGGGAGGACCAGAUUCCGAAUUCGCCACCUACUACAAAAAGCAAGAUUGCUCGCAGAAUCUUGAUUGAGCCCGAGGAUCAGCCUGUUGACAUGGAUGCAGAUGAUGAUACUAAUAAUUUAGCAGCAGAUGAAUAUCUUGAUGAACUAUACAAUUUCUACAAGCUAACAGAAGAAGAAAAUCGAGCUUCAGACUACAUGGAAUCACAGAAGGAAAUCAAUACUAAGAUGAGGACUAUUGUCGUGGACUGGUUGGUUGAAGUUCAUCGUCAUUUUAAAUUGAAGACAGAGACACUCUUUCUUAACAUUAACAUAAUUGAUAGAUACCUCUCAUUGAUUAAUGUACCAAAAAAAGAGCUACAGUUAGUGGCAAUAUGUUCAAUGUCCUUAGCUUGCAAAUAUGAAGAAGUGUCAUAUCCUAAGGUAAAUGAUUUGUUGGAGAUAUCAGAUAAAUUUUAUAACAGACGCCAGUUUAUUUCGAGGGAGAGAGAUAUUGUUGAAAAGCUUCAAUGGAAUUUUACAGUAACUACACCCUAUGUGUUUUUAGUUCGACUUAUUAGAGCGUCUAUUGUUCAAGAUAAAGAGAUGGAGAACAUGGCAUUUUACCUAGCAGAACUUGGACUUGGAAAUUAUUAUGUCAUGGUAUUAUUCUCGCCUUCACAGAUUGCUGCAGCAGCUGUUUACUCGGCUCGUUGUAUACUCAAUAGGAUUCAAUAUUGGAAUCAAUAUCUGCAGAACCUAGCUGGUUACUGCAUAGAACAAAUCAAAGAUUGCGCGAAGCUAUUAGUGAGGAUAUACGCAAGUGCAGCAGAUGUUAAAACCAAAUCAGUGUACAACAAAUUCUCAAGUCCUAGGAAAGGUCACAUUGCUCUUUUACCACAGCCGCGUAACAUCGAAGAAAGAUUGUAGAAGCUUCUUUGUUUUGUUGGUAUUUUUGAAAAUGAUUCUUUGUAGCCGUUUGCUUGAAGCUAGAUCAUUUAACGUAUGUUAAGAUGAACAGUGAGUUUGUACAAGCUCCGAAGUAUAACUU